AUGGCAUUCUCUUCUACGGGUCCAGCUUUCACAACCUCAAACUUUGUUGAACUGUUGAACAGUCAACAAGACUCUGUUUUUUGCGGAUAUCUGUCUAGCUUUCUUGAAGAAAGUCCUGCAUCCAUCGGUGAAGCAUCACCUGCAACGGAAAAGAAGGAAAGACGACAGUGGAGCCCGAGUGAUGAUAUUCUUCUCAUCAGCUCGUGGUUAAACACGAGCAAGGAUGCUGUGGUGGGAAAUGAACAGAAGUCAACUGCCUUUUGGAAGCGCAUAGCCAUUUAUUUUUCAGCAUCUUCAAAGUGUGUUGGUGAGAAGAUAGAGGCGAUCCAAUGCAAGCAAAGAUGGCAGAAAAUAAAUGAUCAAGUCUGCAAAUUUUGUGGAGCAUAUGAGGCUGCUUGUAGAGAGAGAUCCAGUGGUCAGAAUGAGAAUGAUAUUCUCAAAAUGGCUCAUGAGAUCUGCUACAACAAUCACAAGAAGAAGUUCACUUUAGAGCAUGCUUGGUAUGAGCUCAGAAAUGAUCAGAAAUGGUCUGCUCUUUCAACAGAAAAGGUAGCUGGAAACUCCAAAAAAAGAAGAGUUUUAGAUGGAUCGGGUGCUGAGGAGACCCACCCUUGCGAUGAAGAUAAUGGAGGCAAGCGACCUGCAGGUGUCAAGGCAUCUAAAGCCAAGGGCAAGAAGCCAGUGGUAGAGAAAGAAGAACCAUUGCUUGCGCUUCAAGCAGUGUGGCAAAUUCAAGAGAAAGACUUGGAAAUGAAGGCAAAAAUCAAGAAGAUGGGUAUACUUGAAUGUCUUUUGGCCAAGCAAGGGCCACUAUCAGAGUAUGAGGAAGAUGUUAAGAAGAAACUCAUGACUGAAUUGUUUUAG